AUGUUCGCUCGCUCUCCUUUCACUUUCUUCCUCUCCUUUCUGGUGCUGUUAAGCUCUGCAACAGCCGCCAAACUCUUCCGCAUGGACGAUCGCACGCCAGCGGCGGUCCGCGCUGCCGGAGGCCUCGUGAGCUGGAACCCCGCAGGCACCGGCUCCGUCCUUGACCAUGGCCGCGCAAAGCUGGGAAAAGACGAUCCCUGGGUAUCGACCACGAGUUCCAAGGCGUUGGCUAAAUCCGGAGCCAAAUCCGCCAGUUCCGUUUAUGUUUACACCAUCGAUCCCAAGAGCCCAAACAAGCUCGAGAUUGUUGAUCUGGACAAACAGUUCAAGAAGGCGGGAGAAGAAAACCCGCAUCCUGGGGAGAAGGAAUUUUCGGUUCAUAAAGCCAUUCCUUGGGCCAACAUUGUCUCGUGGGAUACGAUGACUAGGGGGAAGAAGACCGCGACUACGACAAGGGUUGAUUUUGAGAAGCCAGCGUCGCCAGCGCCGCCAAAGUCGCCAACAUCACCAAAGAAGAGUGGACGUUCGAUGCAAGAAUUCACUGCUUAG